AGCCCUGUUAUUCUCACAUCCGGGAUAUGAAACAUGAGCAAAGACGUGGAAUGUUGCGUUUUUCCUUCUCUCUUUUAGGCGUCGUAAUGAUGGAGUACAAAGCGUAACGAUUGGUGGAUGCAAGAAAUAUAAAACCCACAGCAUAGCAUUAGCACUCCGGACGCGACGCGCAUGAAUCCCUUCCGAGAGAUCCUCAGACUCAAGCAAACGCGUGCUGCAUACUUGUUUUCGAUCAUCCGCUAAGGAUUAAAUAGAAAAAGCUCCCGAUAGACACAAAAAGACACACAUUCACACAAGGGGCUAAAAGUGCACAAUGGUCGCUGGCGAUACGUGUCUCUCAGGCAAGCUUAGCGCAGCGACAUUUGAUUGACAUCCCGCCGACCAAUAGGAACGUCCUGCGACCCAGCUGCGCUCGGAGGCGGCCAAUGGCGAACGGCAGAAUCCGGGCCUAACCGCCAGUUAGGCUGUCGCCGCAGACGGCCAGCGCUAAACUUCACCAAAUAAUAGCUGUUUGUAUUUUGGCUGCCGCAGUAGCCAUUUUAGGUAGAUUGACAUCUGUCUCAACCCACACAGAAUGGGUUAGUUGGCAUCUUGGGGCCCACUGUGAAAUUAACUCAAUAUGUUUAAUAUGCAACAGAAAAAGAAGUUUAGACGCAGACACACAGUUCAAGAAAAAAUGAAAAUACAAAAGAAGGACAAGCAGAUGUCUGCCACCCACGUACUAAAGCACACUCCAUCCGCCGCUGCCUCACAUGCCUCUGACCAAAACGCACAAACGACAUUUCCCAUCGGGCACUUGGGCAAAGACCAGUUACGAAUCAUCGGAGGCCCGCCCAAUCACUGCAUGGCUCACCCAAAGCACUCCGGGUUACGGGAGGCAGGGUCCGCGACCGCCAGCCCGGGUCUCUGCCCGUCGCCCUCGCCAAUCAACAGCGAAGAGGACGAUGGAGGGGGCGGGUCCAGAGUGAAGAAGAAACGUAGGAAAAAAGAGAAGAAAGCGCCGGAGUGGCCGAAAGAUGGACGCGGCGACGUUAAACCAAAGAGGAAGGAGCAAAAAGAAGCAAAGGAGCUUCUUCCGAGAAAGUUGAAGGCCCCGAAGGAACAAAAGGUUCACAAGAAGAAGGAGGUGCAAGCUAAAAAGGAGAUCAAAAAGGGCAAGAAAGGUCAAGAAGUGAAGGUGAAAACGCAGGCCAAUAACGCUACAACACAUCCACCCUCGAAAAGAGGGAGGAAGCCAAAAGAUCAGGGUGCCAUGCCACCGGAGAAGAGGAAGAAGGGCAAGAGGAAAAGUGAUGCGCUCCUGGAGGCAGUGGAGAGCGAUGACACGGCAUCUCUCAGCACACUGGCCACUGGAGGAGAGGAGAGCAUUGACCCCAUGGACACUAAGAGGCGUUCGGGGCGUCAGGUAAAGCGUCGAAAGUAUAAUGAAGAUCUUGAUUUCAAGGUCGUAGAUGAUGAUGGGGAGACCAUCGCUGUUUUGGGCUCGGGCCGAAUUCCCGCCCUCUCUUCCUCUACCCUUGCUUGGCAGGCUGAGGAACCCCCUGAAGAUGAAGCCAAUAUCAUUGAGAAGAUACUCUCAGUGCGAACGGUCAAGAAAGAGACGUCUCCUGAUGAACCACCAGAAGUGUUGGAGGAGUUUUACGUUAAGUACAGAAAUUUCUCUUAUCUACACUGUAAAUGGGCGACCUUGGAAGAGCUGGAAAAAGACCCACGCAUUCACCAAAAAAUCAAGCGCUUCAGAAACAAGCAGGCACAAAUGAAGCACAUUUUCACUGAGCCGGAUGAAGACCUCUUUAAUCCAGACUACAUCGAGGUUGAUCGGGUUUUAGAGAUCGCUAUCACUACAGACACAGAAACAGGAGAAGAAGUUACACACUACCUAGUAAAAUGGUGCUCUCUUUCAUAUGAGGAGAGCACGUGGGAGCUACAGGAAGAUGUUGACCCUGUGAAAAUCAAGGAGUUUGAAGACCUCAAGAAAAUUCCAGAAGUUAAACUUCUGGAGAGACCUCUUCCAGAACAAUGGCAGAAACUGGAAAGAUCUCGAGAUUACAGAAAUGGGAACCAGUUGAGAGAAUAUCAGUUAGAGGGAAUGAACUGGCUGCUCUUCAACUGGUACAACAGGAAAAACUGUAUCCUGGCCGAUGAGAUGGGGCUCGGAAAGACCAUCCAGUCCAUCACGUUCCUGUAUGAGAUCUUUUUCAUGGGUUUGAGAGGACCAUUUCUUAUCAUCGCGCCUCUAUCCACCAUCACCAACUGGGAGAGAGAGUUUCGUACCUGGACCGAUAUAAACGUCAUCGUGUAUCAUGGCAGUCAGAUCAGCCGGCAAAUGAUCCUGCAGUACGAGAUGUACAACAGAGACGAACAGGGAAACAUAGUGGCCGGGCAGUUUAAGUUUCAUGGAGUUAUCACUACAUUUGAAAUGAUCAUGGCAGACUGUCCAGAGCUGAAGAAGAUUAACUGGCGCUGUGUGGUGAUCGACGAGGCCCACCGUCUUAAAAACCGAAAUUGCAAACUUCUGGAGGGUCUAAAACUCAUGAACCUGGAACAUAAGGUUCUUCUAACAGGAACCCCUUUGCAGAACUCGGUUGAGGAACUUUUCAGUCUCCUCAACUUCCUCGAACCUUCGCAGUUCCCGUCUGAGACCACUUUCCUGGAGGAGUUUGGAGACCUGAAAACUGAGGAGCAGGUAAAGAAACUUCAGGCCAUUCUGAAGCCCAUGAUGUUGAGGAGACUAAAGGAUGACGUGGAGAAGAAUCUGGCCCCCAAAGAGGAGACAAUCAUCGAGGUGGAGCUCACUAACAUUCAGAAGAAAUACUACAGAGCCAUCCUGGAGAAAAACUUUGCCUUUCUUGCCAAGGGAGCCAACCAGCACAACAUGCCCAACCUCAUAAACACAAUGAUGGAGCUUCGCAAGUGUUGCAAUCACCCGUACCUUAUAACAGGUGCCGAAGAAAAGAUUCUGGAGAGCUUCAGAAAGACCUACAGUCCUGAUGCCUUGGAUUUCCAGCUCCAGGCCAUGAUCCAGGCCGCUGGUAAAUUAGUGCUUAUAGACAAGCUGCUGCCCAAACUUCUGGCUGGAGGACAUAAAGUGCUGGUGUUUUCACAGAUGGUCAGAUGUCUGGAUAUACUGGAAGACUACCUCAUCCAGAGAAGGUACACGUACGAGCGCAUCGACGGGAGGGUUCGAGGGAAUCUACGGCAGGCCGCCAUCGAUCGCUUCAGUAAGGUGGACUCCGACCGCUUCGUGUUCCUCCUCUGUACCCGGGCGGGAGGGCUGGGUAUCAACCUCACCGCCGCAGACACCUGCAUCAUAUUCGACUCGGACUGGAACCCGCAGAAUGACUUGCAGGCUCAAGCUCGCUGCCACCGGAUUGGUCAAAGCAAAGCGGUAAAGGUGUAUCGCCUUAUCACGAGAAACUCAUAUGAGAGGGAGAUGUUUGACAAAGCCAGUUUGAAACUUGGAUUGGACAAGGCUGUUCUGCAGGACAUAAACCGCAAGGGAAGUACAAACGGGGUUCAACAACUUUCCAAAAUGGAGGUAGAAGAUCUUCUCAGGAAGGGAGCGUACGGAGCGCUCAUGGACGAGGAAGAUGAGGGCUCUAAAUUUUGUGAGGAGGACAUCGAUCAAAUCCUUCAGAGACGCACGCAGACCAUUACGAUCCAGUCUGAGGGAAAGGGAUCAACUUUUGCCAAGGCAAGCUUUGUAUCAUCAGGGAACCGUACAGACAUCUCUCUGGAUGAUCCAAACUUCUGGCAGAAGUGGGCCAAAAUCGCCGAGCUGGAAAUUGACUCCAAAGCUGAAAAGGAGAGUUUAGUCAUCGACACGCCUCGUGUUCGGAAGCAGACGAAGCACUAUAAUUCGUUCGAGGACGACGAACUGAUGGAAUUCUCAGAACUCGACAGCGACUCGGAAGAACGUCCCUGUCGCUCGAGACGGCUUAGCGAUCGCAAUAGACGCUACCUCCGCGCAGAGUGCUUCAGAGUGGAGAAGAACCUGCUCAUUUUUGGGUGGGGUAGAUGGAAGGAUAUUCUCAAUCACGGGCGUUUUAAAUGGCAUCUGGCGGAGAGAGACAUGGAGGUCCUGUGCAGAGCUUUACUGGUCUACUGCGUUCGGCAUUAUAAAGGUGACGAUAAAAUCAAGAGCUUCAUAUGGGAUCUGAUCACACCAACCAAAGACGGACACAACCAAGCCUUACAGAACCAUUCCGGUCUGUCAGCUCCUGUCCCACGGGGUCGCAAAGGCAAGAAGCUGAAGAACCAGUUGAGUCCACCUGAGCUGAAGAACGCAGACUGGCUGGCCCACUGUAAUCCAGAGGUGGUCCUUCAGGACGACAGCUACAAGAAACACCUCAAGCAACAUUGCAACAAGGUUUUGCUGAGGGUACGAAUGCUUUACUAUCUGAAGGUGGAAGUUCUGGGGGAAGCUGCUGCUCAGUCUCUUGAAGGAAUCCCAGCCAGCAAACUGGAGGUCACCUUGCCUGAUAUUGACUACAUUGAGAUCCCAACCAUAUGGUGGGAUGCUGAGGCUGAUAAAUCUCUGCUUAUUGGAGUCCAUAAACAUGGGUAUGAGCGCUAUAAUGCCAUGCGUGCGGACCCUGCGCUUUGUUUUCUGGAGCGGGUGGGCAUGCCUGACGUCAGUGCAUUGACAGUAGAACAAGGUGGAGUAGAAGCAGCUGCAGACACACCUGAAAGUAUUACCAAGAAUGAUGAACUGAAAGAGGAGAUUGAUUCAAAGUCUGAAGAAUUAGAAGAGAAAGGAGAUAUUAAGGAGGAGCCCAUGUCAGAAGAAAUUGGGAAAAAUGACAGUACAAUGACAGGCGGCUUUGUAGCGUCGCUCCAUGCAGAUCUUCUUGCAGAGGUAGUUGAGCAGGGGCGCAUACAGUGGCCUGCGGGGUCGGCUCUUACAGCACGAUUACGACGACUCAUUACCGCCUAUCAGCGUUACACUCGACGUGAGCCGCUUCGUCACGAGUUUCUCUUGCAUGAGGGACUCGCACCUGUGACCUGGCAAAUUGGAGAUUUUAGGCAUUGCACAACUGAGCCUGACCCGCUGUUUCUGGAGUGGCAACGGAGAUGGACACGCCGUGAGCAGGCUGACUUCUAUCGCACCGUGUCGUCGUUUGGGGUCGUUUUUGACCCAGAGAAAAAAACUUUCGACUGGGGCCAAUUCCGUGCUCUUGCUCGUUUGGAGAGGAAAACAGAUGAAAGUUUGGAUAGAUAUUUCUAUAGCUUUGUCUCCAUGUGUCGCACUGCCUGUAGACUGCCACCUAGAAAAGAAGAAGGUGCUGUUGACCCUUCGCUGUUUGUGGAACCCAUUACAGAAGAGCGAGCUGCCCGAACCUUAUACCGUAUCGAGCUUUUGAGGAAGGUCCGUGAGCAAGUAUUGCGCCACCCGCUUUUGGGUGCACGGCUGCAGCUUUGUCGUCCAAGUCUUUAUUUGCCCGUUUGGUGGGAGUGUGGCAAACACGACCGUGAUCUUCUUAUUGGCGUUGCUAAGCAUGGUUUAAGCCGAACUGACUUUUACAUUUUAAAUGACCCCCAGCUAUCCUUCCUGGAAGCCCACCGAAACUAUGUUCACAAAGAAAACCACAGAUACCCUGUUCCAGGUUUGCCCCAUCACCACUGCUGCUUGUACGAUGCCAACCUUGGGCAUUGUCACUCCCCACAACCUCCCGAGUACCAUCCCGCAACCUCACACCACACACAAACCCAUCAACUCAUCCAUACUCCUAGUCAUCACCAGCCAUCAGAAGUAGUGGCGUCGGAGCCCGGAAGCAUCAGCAUGGGUACGGGACCAAGAGAAGGAUUUUUGGACUGUCCUCCAUUAGAUGACUCCCUUGAGCUGGGGUCUUUGCAACACGAGGGCUUGACGCCAGAUCCCCUACAUAGUAAGUCUGGUAAGGAGGCCUUUAAUGGAUUCCCCUUUAAUUCUGCAACUGGUGGGCAGAAUAUGCUAAACUCAUAUGGUGUCCAAGGAGAGCUUAAUGGAGCUCAAGGAGAUAUAGCAGACACCAUAGCUGGGAAGCUUCGUAGCGAUGUUCUGGUGGGAGAGCAAGGGUCCUCAGAGGAGACUGGCUUAAUGGCACCUUCUGUGGAACUAGACGAACUUCAAACACCAUGGGAGAGCUCGGAUCAUACUGAAACCUCAGACAUGUUCAAUGAGACCGAUCCUAUUCUGGGUGCACCAGCAUUGGAAACAGGAUUUCUGGAUGCUCCUCCACCAGAAGACGGACGGGAAGGUGACGAAACGCUCACCGACUGUUUGAGCAUGCCCAGUUCAGACUCUCAAAGUAACCCUGUUGAGCCACUUGCACCAAGUUUCAUGCUCUUUAAAGAUCUUCAUGUAGGAGAGACUUCUGUAGAUCAGACAGAUCUGUCAGCUGGUCUUCCAGAAUAUGUUCCACCAACAACACCCCUCGAAAUACCGGAUGUAAGUCUCGAUCAAGCAGACCCAAUUAGUGAGGAGCAAGAGGACAAGCUUAGUGAUACCAACAUCACACACGGUGUUCCCAGUCCAGGAGAAGGAACGGAAAGUUUAGGGUUUCAUUUUGAGAAAGAAGAACUUUCUCUGGAUAGUGACAGUCUGGCAACAGCAGGUCUAAAGACGAAGGAUGCUCAAUAUGACAACAACAAGAUGCCUUCAGUAGAGUCUCCAAGAGAAAACUGCCUUGAGGAAUCAUCACCGAACAUGGACUGCAAGGUAUCAUUUGAGGAUUCUUGUGAUGGGCCCUUGGAAGAAUCGUAUGAAAAGGCCAUAGGAGAGCCAGAAAAAGUGCCUUUGGAGGAGCCAUAUGAUUUGACCUGUGACGAGACCCUGCAGGAACCUUGUGAAGGGUACCGGCAGAACUCAGCGGGGCAACAAAUGGUUGAAGAACCCUGCAAAGAACCAACAGAGGAGUGCAAUCUAACAAACGCUACUCUCUCAGCAGAUUACCCUUUGGUGUCUUCACUUCCAUCAUCUCCAGCUAUUUUACCUGACACCUCUGUAUCUCCGGGCCUUGAGGCACUCCCCAACAUUAAACAAGAGUACCUCAUGGAUCCAGCGGUGUCAGAUGUGAAGCCAGAGCCGGACAGCACUACACAGACUCCUCAGCUUGAGCAGACUGAAGUUCUGGAAGUAAAGGAUAAGAUAAAGGAUGAAGAUGCAAAGACACCAGUCUUAUUGGGAGAUGUUGAAGCCCCACGCUUUUCAUUGCCCAUGUGUGAGAUGGUGGACAGUGUCCAUGAAAUAAGGGAACCAACCAUUGCUCAGCUUCUCCAGGAGAAAGCCCUCUUCUCCUUCUCUGAGUGGCCGAAGGACAGAGUGAUCAUCAACCGUAUUGACAGUAUCUGCCACACUAUCCUCAAAGGAAAGUGGCCUUCAUCUAGUCAGCAGUACGAGUCUCCCAGCUCGCUAUCCAACACCUGCCUGCCCAGCAGUACCAAUCAGAGGACAGGAUAUUUGACAUCCAGAAUGCAUUUGUCUCAAAGCCUGAACUUUAAUCUGUCCCACACUGUACAACACUUACCCAAGGAGCGUUUAGUAGCCCCUGCUUUUCUCUCAGAACUGAAACGUCCCAGACACGGGUUCGAAUUCGAAGCAGAGGUUCUUGCCAAACCAAGCCACCUUGGAGAAAAGAUCCAGGUUGGCGUACCUCACCGUGCCAAUGCUCUGCUUCUGAACGGCUGGCAGGAUGCUGCCAUGGACCUCUCCAAGCAACCAGAGCUAACGGUUGGUGGAGAAAGUGGGCCGAUCGGUCACAUGAGCCAAUCGGCAACUCAUAAAAUAACUGGGAUUGGCUCCAUGCAAGGCUCUCUGGGAUUGGAUAUGGCGGGUAUUUUGCAGGCUGGUUUGAUUCACCCAGUUACAGGGCAGAUUAUCAACGGCAGCCUUCGCCGCGAUGAUUCGAUGUUGAGGAGGAGAAGAGGACGAAGAAGAAACGUGGAGACCUCUGAGCUGAACUUCUCGAAGGGGCGAGGACUUGGCUUAUCAGAACAACAGAGCGGAUCAGAAAGUAUUAGCCAUCCUGUUGUGUCGUCUACAUCCCCUCAGUCAGAAUGUUCUUCAACCGGCCCAACUACACUUUCUUCCCCUCCUUCGGCCCCCCCUCCACCUCCUCCUCCAACAGAAACCCUCAACGCCAGCACGGAAAGAGAUGUAGCAAACAAAGGUCUCAUGGAAUGGCUUCGGCAGAAUCCCAAUUACAACAUGGAGCUUCCCACGUAUGCCUCGUCUCAGAGCGCAAACAUGUUGCACAGUUUCUUGGAUCGACCAAAGCAGAGAAGACAUCGUUGCAAAGACCCCACCAAACUUGAUGUCAACUCCCUAACCGGAGAGGAGAGGGUCCCAGUGGUGCACCGAAGCACAGGCCGAAGGCUUGGUGGCGCUAUGGCUCCAGCAAUUAAGGAGCUGUCCCGAUGGCUGGAUGCAAACUCUGAGUACUUCGUGGCUCCAGAUUGGGCAGAUGUGGUAAAGCAUUCUGGCUUUCUCCCAGAGGGCAAAUUUACUCGCAUCCUCGCUGGACCCGUGUGCCGGGAUACUGGUCCACGUAGGAGAGGCAGGCGACCCCGCAGCGAGAUGCCCAAACCGCCUGAGCUCCCAGCUGGUAUGGGUCCACUCUUCAUGAACGGUGGCAUCAUAAGCAGCAUGGACCUGGUGAGCUUACCCAAUCUCCGCAAUGUCCCAGGCAUCCCGCUAACAGGCAUCAUGGGUUUUCCUCACGGUUUUGCCACUGCGGUACCGUCAGGAGAUGAUGGCAAGAACGGACUUGGGAUGCUGCCCAUGAUGCUCCACGGCAUGGCGACCGUGCAGCCUUCCAUGUACAGCGCUCACAUGAGUGGCAUAAUGAGUCAGGCGACCUCAACGGUUUCCACAGCAACCGCAUCCUCCUCCGCGGCAAGCGUGACUUCCACGAACUCCGCGACCGUAACUUCAACCUCCAGCCCGGCGGAUGGUUCGGAUACCACACCGCAGCGGGACAAUGCCGGAUCUCCGGUGAGCACGGAGAGUGGGAAUAAGGAAGAGACAAAGCAAGGAGGGGAAGAGAGGAAAAAUAUAUCCGGCACGGUGUCUACAGGUGCGGCCACCACCAGCAGUAGUAGUAGUAUCACAACAACCGGCAGCCAUUUGACCUUUAACCCCUUUCUUAUCCCGGGAAUGUCCCAUAGUCUGCUGUACCCGCAUAUGUUCUUACCCCCCGGCAGUAUAAUGGCGCUGCCUGCUAUGCCUGCCGCAGACAGUACGGGCAGCCCCAAGAGGAAGAGGAAGAAAAUUAGGGAGGAAGGACUGGUGGAGCGAAGUUUUAUCUUGCACCUGGACGGCGUUGAAGUCAAGGGGGUUAAAGACGAACAGACAGCCGAAAUAAAGAAUCAACAGGGCAGAACAGAAGACCGAUCUGAUUUAGAAUUAGCUCAGGUCACAGGUGAUCCUAAAAACGAUCCCUCUGAGGAUACAAGUACUGAAAUGUCGGAAAAUUUAAAAGAGGAACCUGAUCAAGAUGCCCAAGGUUCAUGUGAUGGUGAAGACUAAAAUCCACCUCACGUUUGGGCCACAGUACUUUUGCGUGUCGUGUCAGUAAAGGUUUGUGUAUAGAACUUUGAUUAUCAACAUAUUGUUUAUAGAUCUGCCCAGUCAAACUUGUAAUUUCACUGACGUCCACUAUACCUUUUGGGUGUAUGCUAAAAAAUAGACAUUUCAAGCAUGAUAGCCCUCAAAGGUCUCGAUCUUAUGAAGGGACAACAUCAUCUUGGUGUUACAGUGUUCCUUUUGCAUCAUGGGAAUGGAUACUCUAACAACUCUCUCUCUCUAUUGAUGGAGAAAGCUAUUAGUUCGAUGACCCCAGUGACCCCAGCUUUAUUUCUUUCAAUCAUGUGUUAUCGCUUCCCCAGAUCCUCAUUUGAAUGUUGUCAUUGUGAAAAACGGAGCCCACCUUCACAUAGAUUUGGUGUUUGAGAUAUCACCGACAAGGCACACAGUCGUAGUUACGCAAGACCUAGAAAUAAUGUGCAUCUGAUGCUUUUUGAUGGACCACAGUAUUUUGUAUUUAGUUGCUUGCUGCUAUGUAUUCAUAAUAGUAAAUCGAUUUUAACCUAAAUCUUAAAGCAACACAAUGUAGUUUCCAUGUAAAAAUGACUUACAGCUCCCCCAUGUGGUUGAAAAGCGCAACAGUGCCUGGUAUCAGACACUCUUCUGCAGGCAGGGGAAGGGGCGGGGCUGUGUGCUCUACCCUCCACCGCCACUUUUAGGGUGUGCUUGUAGCAGCUAGGAGGCUGCUCAGGUUGCAGCAACAGUACAAUUUGUCCAGUUAAAAGUUGUUCUAUCACAGAAAUAAUUUUAGAGACAUUAUUUAAAGGUAAAAAAACUACAUAGUGUUGCUUUAACAAAGCUAUAGAUGGCAUGAGUGCAAUGGAAACUCAAAAAGCAAGGCUUGACAUUUAUAGUAAAGAACAAUCCUGAAAAUACUUUUAUUUUUUAUCGUUUCCACUUUGUCACUUUGAUAAGAUGCCCGUGUACCAUCGUUUUUUGAGAUAGGGGUGAUGAACGUCCAAGGGCAAAGAAAAGUGUGUAGCCAAUGCAAAGCAAAAAUUUAAAAAAGUCGUCAACCCCCAAAUAAACAUUGGCAUCAUUUACUAUCAUGUCUUUCUAAACUUAUAUGAGUGCUGAUAAACACAACUAACUUUCAUACAGAUCUGGAAUGCCAUGAGAGUUGCCAGAAGUAAAAACUGUCUGUGUUUAUCUGGUAAAGGCCCGUGUGGGUUGAUGGGGUCAACAAAAAUAUUGUAGAGUAAAAUCAACCAUGACUUUUAAACAAACAUGUAAAUCAAGCUAGCUGUAUAACGCUGUUACUUUUGUUUACAAGCACACAAUUUUAUUUUUCCCGUGCCGGUAUGUCACAUAUUGGGGGAAACUGUAAAAAUCAGCACUAUUGUUUCUUUUAUGUUAUAAUUUACACUAGUAAAACAACUGAGAUACUCGAUAAGUUUUCUCCCCUAAAUUCAACAGGGUUACUCUUUUGUGGGAGUAUUCAUUUUCCAAGCUAUUUCUUCAUCUUUUUUUUGUUUUCUGAUGUGAAAACGUUAUUUUUGCACAGACCUUUCGGUGAAUGUUUACCUGUAGUUGUGUUCUGUCCGUUUGUUUUCAGUGUUUGUGUGGACGCAUGCGCACGCUUGCACACGACGUCACUUCUUGUACAUUUUGACCUACGUAAACCUGUACUGUAUAUUUCUUGUCUACACAUCACGUUCACCUUCGAAACCAUGCUGUCGUUGCCUUGUCACCACCCGUGACACUAAUGUAAUUUAUUUUGCUUUUUUACUUUGCCAAAUUCACCAAAUAUGACUUUAUUUCUUUCUCACGUCUAUCUUAUUGUGUUACAUCUGCAAUGCCUUAUUUAGCAUUUAUAUAUGGAUGUUUGUUACAUCUUUAUGUUGGAAAAUAUAUACGUGUACAGCGUCAACAUUUUGGGAAGCAGUCUCGGUCAAACUAGUUUAAAUGGGAACGCUCUAGUUGUACAGCCAUUGGUUGUUUAUCCGCAGAUAAAUUGGGAGUACGGUUCACGUGACGUACUGUCAGGUUAUCUGGUGGUGUUGGGAAACUUAUUUCAAACAGUAUUGGAAAGCACAAAGUCUGAUGCCUUCUUGAAAGUUUUUAUAAUGCUUUUUUUUAACAAAGUCUGGUGAACAAAAGCCCACAGACCUUGUCUAGAUUUUGGGAUGAUUACAUUACCCUUGCUUUUAAAGAUUGGGUUUUAGCCCACAACUCCGUUAAAACAUGUACAACUAGAUGGUCAGACUUAGAAUGCUACGUAUCUGGUUGUAAGUGUAUUGAUUUUAUAAAAUGUACUGGUUGUUGGAAAUGUAUAGUUUGGAAAGGCUACAAUCUUGUUGGGAAUUCAAAAACACUCCACUUAAAUUUCAAGCCCUUUUGGUGCAGCAAUUUGGCUCAUUUGAUGAUACAUUUAUAUUUAUUCCAUUAUGUUUCCUUGAAACACUCCAAAUAAUUGUUUUAUUUUCGUCCCCAGAUAUAAGUAUUUGGUCAUUCAUAGCAAAUUUCAAUAUUUCCGGUAUUUAUUGUGUGUUUCCUGUCUUAAUGUCAUCUCCCUGUGUAUUGCGACAUGUACAUAAACUUGCUGUCCUUGGUUUUCGGAUGUUUUCCCAUUAUGGAAUGUCGACGCUGAUCCGUUUGCAAUCUGAAAAGUUUUGGACUGUAUCUGUGUGUGUAAAUAUCUGGGUACAGUGUGGCACUUGUGUAUGUCUCUGGAUAGAAAAAAAAAAUUAGUAUAAGUACUGAGUACUUUACUUUCCCACCUGAUUGUUGCAGCAUCGCAUAGCAAAUUUCUGUGACGGAAACAAGAGAUUUUGGUUUUAUAUGCCACUGUCAUUAUGGUCAGGUUAACCCAACAUUCAAUGCUUACGAUGUGCACGCAGUACAAGAUGUGGAUUUUGCUUUGCCACUGUGUCUGUGUUUGCAUGCGUUCCAAUCACAGCAUCCAAACCAGUUCCCUUACUUUCAAAGUAUUUAGGCUGGCUGGCUACUACCGAGUGUUUCUUAUAGCAGAGCUGCUUAGCCAGACGAAUAAAAUUUGGGUCCUUAUAUUUCAAGGUGCAUUUGCGCAUCAUGCUCCGUAAACUGUGCUUGACUGUAUUGAGUUCUGUUCCUCAAGCACUUGUAAAAUCAAGUUAAAUCAAUUUGACAAAAUCAAUAAUGGUCAGUGUUCACGGCAAGGAAGUACUUUAAGUUCAUAGUUACAUUGAAGUAAGUGCACUAUAUAUAUAAAUAUAUGGGACGAUUAUGAAACGCAACAAAAAAAGUAAACUCUUGGUAUGAAAUCUGCAGCAAUGCUGAGUGUAUUUUAUUUUAUUUUAUUUUUGGGAUGAUUUGAUGUUUUUUAUUCAUUUCAAAUAGCUCCUGUACACCAAUGUGGACCAACAAUAUAAUUCAAACCAUGGUAUGUGAUCUUUUAUUGUGUAAUAAAAGAUGACUUUCAACUUUCAA